CUGGGUGUUGACCAAGGGCAUCCGCAGCUGGGCCGCGGCUCCUGCAUUGGCUAUGGCGGCCAAGGUGGAUUUGACCACAUCCACCGACUGGAAGGAGGCUAAAUCAUUUCUGAAAGGCUUGAAUAACAAGAAGAGGCGAGAGCAUUAUUUCACCAGGGAUUUUAUCAAGCUGAAACAAAUACCGACGUGGAAAGAAAUGGCCAAAAGUGCCCGGAUCAAGCAGCCCGAAGAGACUGUUUUCCCCAAAGAUAAUCAUCUGAAUGACAAGAUCUCUCUCUUCCGUGGCGAUAUCACCAAAGUGGAAGUGGAUGCAGUUGUCAACGCCGCUAAUAGUUCCCUGCUGGGCGGCGGUGGCGUGGACGGGUGCAUCCAUCGUGCCGCGGGUCCGCUGCUCAAAGAGGAGUGCCGGGCGCUAAACGGCUGCGAGACGGGCAAAGCCAAAAUCAGCUGUGGGUACCGCCUCCCAGCCAAAUUUGUCAUUCACACCGUGGGACCCAUCGCUCAGGGCGAACCCAGCGCUGCACAGGAGGCCGAACUCAGCAACUGCUACAAAAACAGUCUGAAACUCGCCGCGGAGAACAAGCUACGGACGGUGGCCUUCCCCUGCAUUUCCACAGGCGUAUUUGGCUACCCAAAUGAUGCCGCCGCUGAGCUGGUGCUCAACACGCUGCACACGUGGCUAGAAGAAAAUAAGGAUAAGGUGGACCGACUCAUUAUCUGUGUCUUCCUGGAGAAGGACGACGAGAUCUACAAGGAGAAGCUGCCCCGGUUCUUCCCCGUGGCUUGACUCGCCCUUCUCGGGCUCUGAAAAGGGGAUGCCUGCGGGGGGGCCCUGCCCUCGCGUCUCUGAGCUUGCUUGGCGCUGACCAUCCCACCCCUGCAAAAAACAAGAGACCAGAGAACACGGUGUGCGUUCGGAGGAGGAGGAGGAGGCAGAAGAGGAGCUGG